CUUUGGGCCCUGAUGCUGUGGAUUGGUUAAUCAUGGAUGAGAGAAAGAAGCACUUUGUACUGGUUCACGGAGCUUGCCAUGGUGCGUGGUGCUGGUAUAAGGUCGCGACCCUCCUUAGAGCGGAGGGUCACAAAGUAAGCGCCCUCGACAUGGCGGCCUCGGGGAUUCAUCCCAAACUCGCAGAACAAGUGAGUUCCAUGGAGGAAUACAAUGAACCCUUGACGGAAUUCAUGGCUGCCUUGCCGGCGGAUGAGAAGGUGGUUCUGGUAGGCCAUAGCAUAGGUGGGGUCAACGUAUCACUUGCUAUGGAGAGUUUCCCUCACAAGAUAUCUGUUGCUGUGUUUGUCACUGCCUCCAUGUAUGGCCCUGAUCUAAGCUUUCUUGCCGUGCAACAAGAGUUUCAUCGACAACUGGAAUCUAACAUGGACCAAAAAACUCAGUACAGUAAGGGAAAAGACAACGAAGACCGCCCGGUCUCCGUCCUCUUUGGUAAUGAGACGCUAGAAAAGCUUAUAUAUCAGCUCUCUCCUCCAGAGGAUUUGACAUUGGCAAAGUUGUUGGUACGAGGCUUGCCAUUGUUUGAAGACGGAAAUGGUGAGGGGUAUGCAGUGACUAAGGAAAAAUAUGGAUCAGUUAAGCGAGCUUAUGUGGUUUGUGGCAAAGAUAAGUUGUCGAAGGAGGAGUAUCAACGGUGGGUAAUCCAUAUGAAUCCCCCCGACGAGGUCUGCCUCAUCCCCGACGCCGAUCACGUGCCCAUGUUCUCCCAGCCUCAUCAACUCUGCUCUUCUCUGCAACUCAUCUCCCAAAAAUAUCACCACUGUUGAUGAUGAUGAUGAUGAUGAUGAUGCAUGUCCAGCAAUAAGAGUAGAUAAUCAGCUCCAGGAUUUUUGUAACCCUCAGUUGCUGGUUGUUGUCGAGCUUAGUGGCAGAAAAGAUGUUGGAAUUCAUGAUCUUGCGGAGGGUUCUCCACUUGGAUGCGACAGGGAGCCAAGCAACAGAGACUUGGUGGUGGUUGAGAGCUGUCAGGGAAUCAGGGAUUGACCGAGUGGAAAAGGCUAAGUCUUGCUUUUGUAGAGCUUGUUUGGCCAUGGCGGAUGAAGAAAUGACCACUGUGUUUAUCAUGCCCAGUUUUAGAUUCAUGACCGGACCAUAUUUCUGGGCUAGCCGGGCUAAGAAUUUGUGAGGUUGCCCUCCCACCAAGUGAAGGUUUCCGAUCACCGGCAAUGGAAAUGGCCCCGGUGGAAACUUUUUGCCUACACUCUUACUACUUCUUUUUGCUAAUAAACAGAGGCAUUGGAGAAAAGUCCAUGCAAACAAUACAGCUACUACAAUGCUCUGGAAAUUCAUUCUCUGAUCUCUCUCUCUCUAAUUAGUUCUAGGCAGGCCGGAAUUGAAUUGAAUGGCAAUCGACUUCAGUCUCAGGUCUUGACGGUAAAGCAUGCUUUGUCGCUUUCAUCCAACCAUCCUUUCUUGGCUCAUUAAUUUCAUUGUACACUUCUAUAUCAGAUCCUUACAAUUAGUACAAUUAUUGCAUGCUAGUGCAUGACAGCAGUAAUUGUACUCGUGGUAAUUAUUACUAUUUGUUACUUCAAUUCAGUUUAUAGUAGUUGUACUCAGAAAUUUUAUUUGAAGAUAAAUUUCCCCAAAGAA